GAGCGUAUAGAGUUUGACAUCGGGGAGCUCUGCGAGUCGGUGUGGAACCCGGCUCCGCUCAUCAGCCUCUUGGACAAGUCCAGCCAGGGCGAUCCGAAAGAUUCCACAGACUCCAAGGGGAUAUUGUGGCUCUUGGACGACCAGGCCAUCUAUCCGGGCGCCUCUGAAGAUUCUUUCUUGCGCAAGGUGGCUUCCGGUUUCUCGAGUCGAGAUUGGAAACCGUUGGUUCAGGCAAGAAUCGAAGGAGAGAGCAAGGAAUUGACGUUGAACCAUCUUCAGGGGACGAGUCCCAUCCGCUACGAUGUUCAUGGUUGGCUGAAGGCCGUUCGGGACAAUCCCACCUCCCGGGUCGCUCCGACUCUCCUCCUCGAAUCCUCCAAGGAGGAGAUGCGAGAGGUGUUCACGGCCUGCAGUCGAUCCGCCGUCCCGUCGACGAUCUCGGGGAGCAUCGUGGGCGUCGACGGUGGGCUUCACGUGCGUCGGGCCUCGUCCAUCCGCAGGGGCUUCGCUUCCACCUCCUCUUCCUCGCUGCGGAGGAAGUCU